CUGUAUUUGUACUGUGGUACAAGCGUCCCGUGGAUGUAGGCAGCCCACAAUACACCAGUCAUAAAUAAGGAAGUUUUUUUCAAACUUCUUUGGUCCAGUUUUAACUACUGUGAAUCUCUCACAAGAAAAAGUUCGUUCGGAAAUGGUUUAUGUUCAACAUUUUGAGGUUAGAAUGAAUAUUAUAUAAGAAAAUGCACGAUAUCCCCCUUACUUCAGUGGGAUGGUAAUGAAUAAGUGUAGCCAAAGCAAAAAUGGCUAUUCUGGAAUAUUCGGAGGAGUGUGCACCCCUGAAAACGCCCCCAAGAAACGUCCAAUGGUGUAAAAUUUGUCCCUAUUUUACAACGUCAGUAUUUUUCAUGGUAAACCACGUCCGACGCCACAGUUCAGCCGGUUUCAACUGUGAAAGGACCACAGUUGAACUCUACUUCUGUAGAGACUGUAAUUUCAAAACAGACCUCACAAUCCUCUUCAACCAUCACCUCCAAAAACACCAUGGCGUUGAAACCAAAUAUGGUAAUUUUACAGUCCAAAACUAUAUUUGUGACAAGUGCAACUUUGAAACCCAUUCCGUCAUUAAAAGCCUUCACCAUACCUCACAAUGUUCGCAAAACAAAGUUUCCAAAGCCCCUAAAUCCAGCCUAGACGAAAUUACCGUUGCCAAGUGGUACAAGUGUGACCAAUGCACCUUCAAGAGCAAAUACAAAUUUAGUCUAAAACAACACCAAAGCGCCAGGCACCUACCGGACGAAGACUCGCGUCAAUACCACUGCACACGCUGUUCAUACAGAGGUAAACGAAAAAAUAACUUGCAACGUCACAUAGAAGCGUGUCACUUGCAAGAAAAAGAAACCAAGUGGUUCAAAUGCAAGAAAUGCCCAUUCAAGACUAGACAGAAUUCCAAUUUGAAAAACCACAUUAACGCUCGACACUUAGAUGAACACAACGUGGUGUGGUACGAGUGCAAGAAGUGUCCAUACAAAGCCAAACACACCUCGAAUUUGAAACGUCACGUGAACGCACGCCAUUCAGACGAGAAGGACAUUAAAUGGUAUCAUUGCCAGAAGUGUUCGUAUAAAGCUAAGGCCAACGGGGCGUUAAAAACACACAUGAAAGGGCGACAUUUGUCUGAAGAGGACGUGACGUGGUUUGAAUGCAAGAACUGUCCGUAUAGGACUAAGUUUAAUUAUAGCUUGAAGAAGCACAUAAAUGGGUGUCAUUUGUAUGAGGAGGAUGUUAAGUGGUAUGAGUGCAAACAGUGUCCAUAUAAAACUAAAUAUAAUUCGGCUUUAAAUAAACACGUGAACUCGCAGCAUUUGAAACAGAGGGGUGUUAAAAUGUAUGAUUGUAAGAUGUGUGCAUAUAGGGCUAAGCAGUUGUCGUCUUUGACUAGACAUUUAAAUGAGUACCAUGUGGAAAAGUUAGUCAUUUGAAAAUUGUAUACAAAAGUGUAAUUUAUUAUUAAAUAGAUGCUCCCUUUUU